UAUAAAGCCCGAUCCAUUGCUUCGAACCUCCCAACCCGCCCCUUCAAACACUUCGCACUGGCAGUCAAACUUCGGCCGACAACGCGUACCAGGAUAGAUGCCGCAACUGCCAUCCUUCAACCCACCGCGCUCCCAGCCCAUGCCCAUUCCAUCCUCGAAUGCGUCGCACGCCCGCAACUCGCGGUACGCAUUUAGAGAAGGUUCCGAUACAAGUGAAAGUGCACGCUCUGCAUCCUCACGCGGCUCGUCAGACCUAAUUUUCCCAAUGGACCUCUCCACAACUCCCGAGCGGCGAUCGCACUACCAAUCUUACGCUGGAGGCCAUGCGGCAGCUUACCUCCCGCAAACAGACGUGGUGCCACCGCCGUUCCCAACUAUAAGAGCGCGAUGCAGCGGUUGUGGCCGGGACUUUGUUCCACAGUCAGAUACUGCCGCAAGAAUAAGGAUGUGUGACUACUGCCGUGAUCCGCCUCGACUGCCGGCGCAAUAUGCUGCACAAAUGUACCGUGGAGGACAAUCUCGCCGCGAUGAUGUGCAACGCUACCAGUCACAAGCCGCAGCCCCGCCUGUUCCCAGCAGCACAAGGCAGCACAUUCGAUACAAUGGGAUACACCCCUCGGGAUCCGCGCCUACGGCACAGCCUGUUGUCAGAGGUCCGCCAUUACGUUCUCUCUUGUAUUUCUACGGCUGAACAACAAUCCAGACGUCAGGGUCAUGGGCAGGCCUUUCCCUGCCGCACGAGCAGGGGCAUCCAACGACGCUAUAUUGGAGAGCAUUGCACCAGCUCACCUACCUAAUGUCACACACUACGUCGGCUCCGUGCCUC